AGCCGCCUUUUUUGAGCUAGCAACCAAGGGGGGCGUGGCUGCUAAGAAGCAAGAAGACAAGCAAUGGAGGUGUUUGAGUGUGCUAGUUACAGGAGAUACCGGACCAGGGCCACUAGUCUGAGCUAUGAGCAAGCCAAGGACCACCUCUCUGUAUGGUUGGGCUCCACACACACUCAGCCUGUGUGUGCUUUAUUGCAAGCGCUGGUGAUUCGUUGCUCACUACAUCAUUUGUCAUAUCUCUGGACAGCACUGGAGGGUGUAGGACACAGGGACCUACUGAGCAUGUUACACAGAUCCCCUCUCUCCACUCCAGCUAGUAGGGAGGUCAGCUCUAGACUGGCUAGAUCAACCAUUCCUCAGAACAAGAUGUUGUAUAGGGCCACCAGUACUGCCAUCAAUACAACACCACAGUUGCAGUUAAACCCGCCACCAAGGCCAUGCACAAGAUUAUCUCGCCCACUCUCCUCUCCACACACACCCACACAACUCAUCACACACAACACAUCACGAGUCCAAACACCAGCCAGGCGUCAUAUGGACUUUGACCCCCCACUCUGUUUAAGAAGAACAAUCCCCUCUGACAUGCAGGAGACCUUACCUUCACAAGUGCUACACUUUGUAACCUGGUUUAGAGAGCUUCCACAAGACUGGCAGGCACAAGAAGUGCUGCAGUUAGUGGUGUCUAGUCUGGACAGUCAAGAGCUCUACACACUAGCAACCCUCCUAAUGUCUCGACAGUUCAGAGACUUUGUGGCCCACCUCCCCGAGGAACUGGUUAUCAAGGUGAUGACCUAUGUACCAGCCAAGGAUAUUCUUCGGAGCUGCUGCCUUGUGUCUAAUGCUUGGAGGCUAGUGUGCAGCACUGAGUGUGUAUGGAAGGUCAAAGUGUGCCAGAGGUCAAUGGGUCUCCCACUAACCAACUGCAUCUCUUGGAAGGAUCUCUAUUUGAAUGAUCUUCGUCUGCGCAAGAACUGGGCACGUGGAGUGUGUACUAGCAGAGCUCUAGAGCACUCAAGCAAAAUGUUGUGUGUUCAACUGAGGGACGAUUAUCUAGUAGCAGGAGGUACUGACAAGAGUGUAAGGUUGUGGAAGGUGUCCACUGGAGAGUGUAUUAGUAAAUGGAUGGGUCAUUCCAGGUCUGUCUGGAGUGUAUGCUUCUAUGGCAAGAGUUUUGUUAUCAGUGGUUCUGGUGAUCACACCAUCAAGAUAUGGAACACUAGGACUGGUGUGUGUGAGAGGUCAUUGCAUGGUCACAGUGGGUCAGUGUGGGCACUCAAGCAAAGAGGAGAGUUACUUAUAUCAGGAGCUCAUGAUAAAACGGCUGUGUUGUGGGAUAUUCGAGGAUGUGUACUAUCCAAGAGACUGUUGGGACACGGUGGUGGUGUGUUUGGAGUGGAGCUGGACAGCAAUGGACACACAGCAUUCACUGCAUCAGGAGAUAAGAGUAUUCGGCAGUGGUGUGUGAAGAGUGGAGAGUGUGUGAGGGUGACCGCCCACACAGGCAGUGCCCCUGUACUGAGUCUACACUGGGACAAGGGCUAUCUAGUGUCUGGGUGUGGGUCUGUUGUCACUCUGUGGACUGGUGCAACAUUAGAGCGGCUGGGGGAGUUCAAAGGUCACUGUGAACGAGUGGAGUGUGUACAGUUGAGGGUUAGUGGUCCAAAAGUCGGCACUAUCCUGAGCGGAGGUCAAGACGGGGUCAUCAAGUACUGGGACAUUAAGAGUGGGCGUUGUAUUCGCACUCUGACUGGAGGGAACGGGAAACUGUCAUCGCUAGUGUGGGAUGAGGUGCAUGUCAUCAGUGCACACCAGAGCAGCAGCAUCAAGCUGUGGGACUUCCAUCCCACUCAACACUAGCACAUUAACUCAUUAUAAGUGUACGUUUUGUUUUGUUGACAAUAAAUAUUUACAUAAAAAUUUGGAAUAUUUCAAA